AUGAGCCAAAAUCAAGAAAAAUUAGAAUCAGAAUUGUUUUAGUAAUACUAAUAAGCUAUUGAUCUUCUUGAAAAUGGAAGUUAAGUAUAAGGAAUACAAAUUUUGAAGGAUUUAAUGCAAAAUUAAUCUAUCAUUAAUCAAGAUGAUAAAAAAAUUUUAUACGGCAUUUAUAUGUCAUUAGCUGAAAUUCAAGCAUAAAGUGAUUGUGUAGAGAAUAAAUGUGAAGCUUUAUACUAUUAUUACCAGAGCACAUUAAUUUCAGAUAAUUGUUGGCAAACCUAAAGAAAAAUGGCUUUAAUAUUUAGACAAUUAGGAAUGAUGCCGAGAGCCUUAAAUGUUAUAUUAAAAGCGUAUUUAUUAUAUUAUAUAUUAUAUAGUCUGCAGAUAUGUAAUUAACCUAACAUUAUAUAGGCUAUAUUAUAUCAGGUUUGUUCUAUUUGUUUUUUAAUGAAUGAUUAAAAAUAAUUCGAAAUAUAUUUUGAUAAAAUGAGCAAUGAUAAUAAUUUGAAACUUAAAAUUACAGAAUUAAAUAAUUACUACAUUGAUUAAAAUAAUGUUACUACUUUUGUUUAAGAACUCCUCCUAGAAUAAUCUUAAAUUCAAUAAAGACUUGAACUAAUUCCUUAUGAAUCAAAUCAAAAAUUACUAUAUUUUACCUAAACAUUUUAAUAUGAAAUUAAAUUAGAUACUUAUGAUUUAAAAAAGUUUUUUAAAAAAAUAUAGAAUAUUUUACAAAUUAAUGUAAAUUGUGAACCAAAAAAGUUUGAUUUUAUUUAGAAUGAUAAAUGCUUUAUGUCUAAUACAAAAAUAAUUGUUAUUUCAAAAGAAUAAUAAUAGAACUCUAAAGAUAUUUCUAAAGAAUUACCUAAAGAAAAUUAACCUGUAAAAUAAUCAGAGAGACAAAAAUCAAAAAAAACAAAACAGUAAUAAGAUUAAUAGUUUAAUUUAGAUCAAAAGAUUUAAUCAAAUCAUAAUAUCUUAAUAGAAUUAAUAAAAUAAUUUGAUGGAAAUGAAAUAUUUUAAUUAAAUAAUAAUAAUAAUAAAAUUUAAAAUGAUCAUAAUGAAAAACAAGAAUGUCAUGUAGCUAAAUUUCUCUUGAAAAAUUUGAAUGGUAAAUAAUUCUUAACAAUAAUUUAAUUAUUGGAAAAUCUAAUUACAUUAAUUUUUUAGGAUUAUUAAUAAAAUGAUGAUUCUCCAUAAUAAUAAUUUGAUAUACAAAGUGAUCAACAAAAGAGUCCUUAAAAUAAAAAUAAUAAUGAUUCUUCAUACAAUGAUGCUAUAAGAGGAUUAAUAAAUUGUAUUGUUUGGGCUUAAUAUUCUACAAAUAAAUUUACUGACAAUCCUAAAAUUAAAUUAUAAUUAUUAGAAGUUGCCUAUGAUGAAUUAACUUUUAGGUUUAAGGAAAAGAAACCAAAAUCUCCAGAAUAAUAAAAUAAAAUAAAAAAUUUUAUAAGAUUUAUUAAUCAUAUGAAAUUAGAACUUCUUUAGACAAACAUAAAUAAAAUAAUAAGUGAUAAGGCAGAAGUGUAAAACUAUUUAUCAAAUUAUUACAGAAUUAUGGCCAAUAUUCAUAGUGAUAUUAACUUUUUUUAAGGUAGAAUAGCUAAGUUAUGUGCACAAUAAUUAAAUAAUCAUGAAUUAAUACAAGAAAUUUCCAAAAAGAUAAAAUCAGCAUAAUUUUAAAUUUCUUCAAGUUCUCCACAUUAAUCUUAAUAAAUAUAAUAAAUUCUUACUUAAUGGGAGUAAAAAGAAUAAAGAUUAGAGGAUAAUGAAAAAAUUAGGACAUAAAUACAUUAUGUCUAAGAUUAUUUGAAAUAAAAUUAAAGUUAUGAUAUGGUUAAAAGAUUAGCUAUAAUUUGCUUAAAUUAAUUUUAUUUUGUACAAUAAGAGUAAGAACUUAAAGUAAUUUAUAAAUUUGUGCAGCCAAUAGUUUAACAAUUUUUAAAUGUACCUUAACCUGAUAUUUUAAUUGGAUUUAUUUUCCUAAAAUUUUCAAUAAUAUAUUCUUUAAUGGAUUAAGACUCAACUGAAUUUUUGGCUAAAUUUAUUGAAAUAUUUCUCUAAUAAAAUAAUAAUUAAAAUAAACAUCUAAUUUUAAUAGAAAUACUAAAAUUCCAUCCUCUUAGUAUAAAUAAGCUUUUUACAUAUUUAAACAUUGAUCUAAUUUUGAAAGAACUGAUUAAAACAAUUAUAAAAAUGAAAAAUAGAUAAAGUGAAUUAUUAGAGUAAUACAAAAAAAACUUUUAAAACAAUGUAGAACUUCAUUAUUAUUUGCUACAUUUAUUAGAUUUAAAAGAUUAAUAUACUCCUUAAUUUAUUGUUAAAUAAAACGAGUUAUAAAUUGAAAUUGAAAAGUUUGAAACAAAAUAUCCUUAACCAGAAUCUUUUUCAAGUGCAACCAAUUCAGAAAUAGAAUCAGAUGAUAUGUUUUAGAAAGAAUAUUUAGAUUUAAAAUUAAGUUAAGAAUAAAUUGAAACUAAAUUUUAAAUAGGAAAAUAAAGUUAUUAAUUCCCUAAUAAAACUAUUGAAUUUUUAUUAAAUCAUUCAAUAAAAGUUAAUGUUGAAGAUCCGUAAAUUAUGAAACAUAUCUAAAGAUUAGCUAAGGAAACUUUAAAAAUAGAAUUUGGAUUAAGUAUUAAAGAUUUUUGUGUAAUUCUUAAUUAAAAAAUUUUUAAAAACUAUUAUCUUGAGUAAGAAUUUGAACGAGAUUUAUCAGAUAUAGAACUUUAAUUUAUUGGUUAUAUAUAAACAUAUUUUACAGAUGCAGAAAAAGAAUCAAGUUAAUUAAAUAAUUUUAUUACGAAUAUUGUUAAAAAAUCAUUACAAAAAUAUACUGAACCAAAGAUAUAAGAAUUUGCAGAAUGGUUAUAUUCAUAAAUAUUUACAAAAUAAAAAUAAUAAAAUUCAUCAAUAAAAGAAUUUUAAGAUUAUAUUAAUUAAAAUAAUUUAUAAUGCGAUUAUAAAUCUAACUUAUAUUGUUUAAUUUAAAUAUUGGAAGUUAAAAAUUUUAAGGAAACUCCAUAGAAAUUUGAUUUAAAAAAUAUUUGCUAUGCUUUAGCUUAUAAUGAAUCUCCAUUUUUAUGGAAACAAUUAUACAAUUUUGCAUUUUAAUAAGCAUAAAAGUAAUUAAAUACAAAGGCUUAAACUGAAAUAGAUUGGUUUUUGAGUUAGAAAAAGAUUUAGGCAUUGGUAAACAAAAAUCCUUAAUUAAAUCGUUUAAAUGAAUUAAGAUAUGUUUUAGAUCUUAUAAAAUUAAAAUAAAGAUAAGUUGAAUAUUAACAUUCUAAUAAUGAACAGUUGUAUAAAAAAACAGAAUAAGGAUAUUUUUCACUUUAUUAAAAGUAAUUUAAUAUACCCAAUGACGUUUUUGAAAUAGAAAAUAAUUUUAGAAUUUUAUAAUUAUAUGAGAAAAAAGUAAUGCGAAAAUAUAGAAAUAUUACAAUGGAAAGGAUAAGUUAAAAUUUAGAUAAUAUUUGUAGUCUUGUUAAUUUAAUUAGGUAAAUGAAAGAACAUGAAAUAGAAUAUUUUUAUUAAUCAAGUGAUGGUGAAUAAGAGAUGUUUUAAGAUUUAUACAUAAAUAUUUAUAAAUUCAUCAGAAGGUUUUUAAGACAUAAACUUUACAAUUAAUUAACAUAAUUUAUUUAAAUAAUUAAAGAUAAAUUUAAUUAUUUAUUAGAUGAAAAUGAUAGUAAUAUAUAAUUUUAAUAUGAAUAUGACCGAAGGAAAUUCAAAAUUUCCCAUUUUACUUAAGAAUAACUUGAGAUAGAAGAGAAUACAUAAUAUAAUAAAGAGGAAGUUAAUUUAAUUUUAAACAAUCUUUUAAAAAUAUUUGUAGAGAAUUCAUAAAAAUUGACAAGAAAAAAAGCUUAAAGAUAUGUAAUUGAAGCUUUCUUUUAUGCAACUCAUUUAAAAUUUAAUAGUUAAUAACCUAUAGAUUAAGUAUUUGCCUAAAUAUCUCCUAUUUAUUAACCUAAUAGUAGAGAUCUAGUAUAUUAUUACAUUAAAAUUGAUAAACAUGAGUGUGAAAAAGAUAAAGUUUUAAAGCAUUAUUAUUCAUCAGACUUAAUUUUUAAUUAUCAAAAGUCUAAAAUAUUAAAAUUAAUUAUCAAAAUUUUAUUUAAGAUGUAAAAAUUUAAAGAUAUAUAUUAACUUUUUGAAAAGUUACACAAGACUUAUGAUAUAAGACUAUAUUAAGCUUGUAUAGGACUUUUAGAGGAAUACAAGAAGCUUGAUGAUAAAAACUUAAUUAGAGAUAUAAUAUUGAAAUCUGAAUCAUACAGAAGAACAACUGAGUUAUUUAAAUAGGAUUCUUUUGGGUUAUUGUUAAAUAAUAUGUAUAUAAGAUUAUAUGAGAAAGAAUAGUAAGAUAAAAAUGAAAUUGAUUUACUCAAUGAAAGUUAAGAAAUUAAAUUAGAAAAAGGAAAAAAGAUAAUAGAGGAUUAUAGAGCUACAAAGAGAAAACCAACUAAGCCAAAAGAUUAAUAAUAAAAUUCAUAAUAAUAAAAUUAAUAGGCAUAAAUUUAAAUAUAGUAAGCAUAACUAAUAAGUGAUGAUGUUGGAUAGUAUAUCAAUUAAGGAACAAUAAUUUAGAGUUUCAAUGAUUUUGAUAAUAUAUGA